AUGAAUUUAUUGAAUUUAGUAUUUAAUUUUAUUCUCAUUGGAGAAACAAUAGGAAUUCCAAAUAAUGUUUAUAACAAAGUAACUGAAGAAUUUGCUCACUCUGAGAAGGAUAUUAAUAUUACAAAGAAAAGCAAAACCACUAAAUGUAUUUCUUACCUCUUAGAAUCAGAACAAUUUGGAUGUAUCUUCAAUUGUAUAGACUCUAGAGGAAUAAAUGAUCCAGAUGGAAGAAACAUCGAUAAUGAUUCCAUUCUACAAAUUUUAGAGGAAAUAGGAAAAUUGGAAACUAUCUCCGCUAUUGUCAUUGUGCUAAAUGGAGCUCAAUGUAUAGAAACAAUCAAUAUCCAGAAUUUGUUAUCAAAGAUCAAAGGAAACCUUACAGCUUCUCUCUCAGAGAGAGUCAUUUUUCUGAUUACUAAAGGAUGGAAUAAUAGUGUUGAUUUAUCUAGUUUUCAAGAGUAUUUAAAGCCAAAUCGAUCAAAUGUCUUUAAUUUAGAUAUGUCCUUCUUUUCUAGUGAGCCAAAAACAUGGGAUAGAAGAUGCCAACAAAGAAUGGAUAUGGAUUUCGAAGAUUGCUCUAAUGAGUGUUUAAAGAUACUUGACUAUAUCAAGAAUCAAGUACCAGUGAACCCUGGAGAAGUUCUAGAUAUCAAGAAAAGAAGAAAGGAACUAGAGGAUAUGUACUUUCAGGUUAAAGUAUCAAUCAAAAAUAAUUUAGAAACAAAUAAUGAAUUGACCAAGCUUAAAAGCAUACUGAAAGGUUUUGAAGAUAACAAAGAGGAAUUUAAAAAUCACACCUUAACUACAGAGGUUGAUAAUUUUGUUCUUGAAGAGACUCUCAACAAAGUGUUACAUGAUACCAAGAAUGCAUAUGACAAAGCUCUCACUGGUAUAGUUGAUACUAAUUCUAGAAUAGAUACUCUAAAUGAGAGUAUAAAGGAAAUUGAAAAGUCCAUCAAACAAUAUACAGAAAAGUUUGAAGUGAAUUGCAAGAAAAUCAAAAAACUUUGUCCUGGUUUUGAUUUUGUGGAGGAAAUGAAAGUGAAUGUAGGUCAAAUGGAGAUUGAAGUAUUAGGAAUACAAGAUAUGUCUUCAAAUAAAUUAUAUAAAGAUAUGAUAGAAGCAAUUAAAUUACUCUCUGAUAUUAUCCAAUUUGUGUAUCCAUUCAUUUUAUAUAAAUUCGUAGACUUUAUCAAUGAUCCCGAUGAGCCUUUUUACAAAGGAAUCAUCUAUUCAUUCGUUUUAUUACUUGCCUAUGUUUUAACUACAAUACUCAACAAGUAUUAUGAAUUUCGAGUAAACAGAACAGGAUUUAAUGUAAAAACUAUGUUGGUUAAUUCAAUAUUUAAUAAAUCUUUAAAACUAUCAAACUUUGCAGGUGAAGGCAAAACUAAAGGAGAGAUUAUCAAUCUAUGCAAUUCCGAUGUUGCAAUGAUUCAAACCAUAUUUAUAUAUGGUCAAGAAACACUAUCUCUACCAUUUCAAAUUAUCAUUGCUUUGGCACUUCUUAUUAAACUACUCGGGUGGAGUCCAUUGAUUGGAUUCUCGACACUACUCAUUUUCACACCUGGUGGUUCUAAAGUAGCUAAACUUCAGUAUGGUGCUUCACAUAAUGUCAAUAUGAAACGUGAGAAACGUACAUCUCAAAUGACAGAAACAAUAAGUUCUAUCAAGUUUAUUAAAUUAAAUGGAUGGAUUGAAAUGAUGCAAGAAAAGAUAAUGUUUUUAAGAAAUGCGGAAGUUCAAGCACAGAAAAAGAUGAAUUAUAUUACUUCACUUCUGUAUUUGAUUCAUUUCCUUACACCAGAUGCUGUUACAUUGGUUACCUAUUGUACAUAUUCAUUACUUGGUAAUGAAUUAAAGUUGAAUGUAAUCAUGUCUUCAUUAUCAUUAUUCUUUAUUUUGAAAUAUCCAAUUUCAAAUGUACCACAUUUAGUUGCUGGAUUAAUGAUGGCAAAAUCAUCAGUUGGUAGAAUACAAAAAUUCCUCUUGAUACCAGAGGUUGAGAGACCAACCCCAUGCUAUGAUGGAGUGUUACACUAUGGUAAAAUGAAUAGCCAGCCACAUAUCAAAGCAAAUAAUUUGUCAUUGGUAAUUAAAAAUGGUACAUUCCAAUGGAGCUCAAAGGAUUUCGAUGAUCAAACCGAUGAUUCAUCUAAAUCCAUCUCACUCACCGAACAACCGAAAACACCUUUGAUCUCAUCGGUGCCGGAUGAAUCGACAAACGCAACAAUGGAAAUCAAAAAGAUGUUUAGAUUACAAGAUAUCAAUUUGAAAUUAGCAAAGAAUUCAUUGUCUAUUGUCAUUGGUACUGUGGGAAGUGGUAAGAGUAGUCUACUAUCUGCAAUUCUUGGCGAUAUGAAGAUGAAAGAUGGAGGAUCGUUAUCUGUAGAUUCAAAUAUUGGUUAUGUUUGCCAGACUUCAUGGAUUCUGAAUGCUACACUUCGUGAGAAUAUCUUGUUUGGCAAGGAGAUGGUUGAUACAAAGUAUCAGAGUAUUCUUAGGCAAUGUGCAUUGUUACCGGAUAUCGAGAUACUACCUGCCGGUGACCAAACUGAGAUUGGUGAGAAAGGUAUCAAUCUCUCUGGUGGACAAAAGAUGAGAGUUGCAAUAGCAAGAGCAAUCUAUCAUGAAGCGAACCUCUAUCUAUUGGAUGACCCACUGGCUGCACUUGACUAUGAUGUUGCGGUUCAUAUAUUCAACAAUGCCAUCAUCCCACUUGCAAAGAGAUCUACUGUGUUGUUGGUCACACAUCAAUUGUUCCCAUUGGAACAAUCCGAUCAAAUUAUAACAAUGCAGAAUGGACAAAUCAACAGUAUCGUUACAUUCGAUGAGUUACCAAAGGAAUCUUUGGAGAUCUAUCAAAUAAAACAAGAGCAACAACAGCCACUUGAACAACAAGAUGAAAACAAUCCAACAGAAAAGAAAGAAGCAGUUGUUACAACGAACAAUACAAAAUCUAAAAUAGUUGAAGAUGAAGAUAGGAAUGUAGGAAUGGUUUCAAUUAAAGAGUAUAUAGAUUAUCUUAAACAUCUGGGACCAUACUACCUAGUGAUAUCCUGUACUCUGCCAUUCGUUCCACCUUUACUAUCGAUUCUAUCAAACUACUGGCUGACUCUCUGGACAACCAAAUGGGUCGAGGGAGAAUCAUCACUUGGCUAUUAUCUUGGAAUCUACUUUGCCUUGUCAGUGAUGACAUCGAUUACCAUUUUCUUCCAAGUCCUCAUGAAUAUCUUUGGUGGAUUGAGGGCAUCUUCUGUUCUCCAUCACAAGGCAUUAAAUAGAGUGAUGCAUGCACCUAUCCAAUUCUUUGAAAGCAAUCCUGCUGGCCGAAUUAUCAACAGAUUCAGCUCUGAUAUUGCGAAGCUCGACUAUGCAUUACCGGUUCAUUUUGGUGAAGUUAGAAAUUCAUUUUGUUUCUCCAUUGUCAUGGUUGUCCUAUUUUCUGUGGCAUCUCCCUAUAUCCUCAUCCUUCUCGUUCCAAUACUCGUUAGCUUCUACUAUAUCAAAAACUAUUUCCUAAAUAAUGUAAGAGAGUUACAGAGAUUGGAUCAACUCUCACAAUCACCAUUAGUUUCUCACAUCAAUGAAUCACUCAAUGGAAUAUCAACAAUCCGUUCAUUCCAAAGCAUAGAAAGAUUCCAAUUGAAACUCAGUAAUCAUCUCGAUACCAACAUUUCAAUUGCAUUCUCAGAGUUUAGUGUAUCACAAUGGGCAUUCUUGAGAAUCGGUAUGUUGUGCUCUAUGUUUGUACUGGGAACAGGACUAUCUGCAACAUUCCUCAAACACACAUUCUCUGGAGCUGUCAUUGUUCUUGCACUCACUUACACUGUUCAACUCUCACAGCGACUGACAAUAUUUUUCAGAUUCUUUACAUCGGUUGAAACUGAAAUGAACAGUGUACAGAGAGUGUUUCAUUACUCUGAUAAUCUACCACAGGAAUCAACGUAUGCCACAAACAUUCCAAGUGACUGGCCAUCCAAUGGAAAAGUCGAAUUCAUCAACUACUCAAUGAAAUAUAGAGAAGAUCUUUCAAACUCUUUGAAUAAUAUCAACCUUUCCAUCGAAGCCGGAACCAAGAUUGGUAUUGUAGGUCGUACUGGUGCCGGUAAAAGUUCACUUCUCUUGGGACUGUUCCGUCUGAAUGAAGCGGCCACCGGUAAGAUUGAAAUCGAUCGGCUCGAUAUCUCAUUGAUAGGUCUAUCGGACUUGAGAUCUCGUCUCACAAUCAUUCCACAAGAUCCGAUUAUGUUCAACGGAACACUGAGAUACAACCUGGAUCCAUAUGGACAAUUCACCGAUCAAGAGAUAUGGGAUAUUCUCGAACGAAUCCAAAUUAAAGAGACAAUAGAAUCGUUGGACAUACUGGUCUCUGAGGACGGAUCGAAUUUCUCGGUUGGACAAAGACAAUUGUUCUGUUUGGUUAGAGCAUUGCUAAAGAAAUCAAAGAUUAUUGCACUGGAUGAAGCAACUGCAUCGGUAGAUCAAACAGCAGACGCACUCAUUCAACAGAUCAUCAGAGAACAAUUCGAAAACUCCACAGUCAUUACCAUUGCACAUCGUCUCAACACUGUCGCUGACUAUGAUAUCCUCGUCGAGAUGUCAGAAGGUAGAAUCAAGCGUAUCGGUAAACCAUCUGACAUCAUCGAACAAAUUGAUAUUAAUUAA